CACUACCUUAUUUAGCUCUUGGUAUUGGGCGUAAGAUUGGAGUAAGAUAUUCCCCGUGUUGCACAAUCUCGUGAUAGAGGCAAGAGCAAUCCACUUUAUAUGAUAAGCAAAUUUAUAUAAUAAAGCUCAGUAUUUUUUCUCCCCACUCACUGUAUUUUGGCGUAGGGACACUGCCAUUGGGCCAGGAACAUACAGGAGGCGUUAGGAAGCAGCAGGAGUGCUCUGUCACCUUUACAGGGCUGCGCAGGUCGGUUGUAGAUGUGCUUUUGUUUCGCUUGAGCCUUUUCCAGUGUCCUUUUACUAUAGGGAGUACAUGACUGAUUUUUAUUUUGUAUUGUACUUUUAUAUUGUACACGUGCCUCCAAUAGAGUUGUAAUCGCUUAAUCUCUUUCUGUAACUGCGCAAAGUUACAGUUCUGCUUUAUCUGUUGAGACAGAGAGGACAGGGGGGUAGGCAGAAGGAGAAAGCUCACCUUUGGGGCAUUUUAGAUUUCCACCAGCAGAGCUCCUCCCACCGAGACACAUUAUGUGGGCACGGAGUUCGUCUCUGCGAUGGCUAGCUGACUAGACAAAAAAAAACAUGCUGGGACACCACCUUUGGUGGCUCUGUCUCUGUGGGCAUAGGCUUAUUGCGCAGAGACUUUGUUUGGAACUGUUUUGGAAAUGAUUCUCUUCUCUGGGACGGGUUGUAAUGAGGUGAGCUCCUCUCAGGUAGGUGCUUCUUUUUUAGACCAUGGGAUAAUAUAACAAGUGCACAUUCCAGUGCCUCGGUCAAACAACGGUGGAGGUUAAAGCCUGCAUGCCUACGGCCUUUUGCUCCUCUUGGUGGUCAGGGGUAGCUCAGUGGUUAAGGCAUUGGAUUAUGGUCCGGAAGAUCUCAGGUUCAAAUCCCACAAUCACCAAGUUACCACUGCUGGACCGUUGAGCAAGGCCCUUAACCUUUAACUGCUCAGAUGUAUAAUGGGAUAAAAAUGUAAGUCGCUCUGGAUAAGAGUGUCUAAAUGUAAAUGGACAGAACGGAGCACCCAGUCUGCUAGAUUGGUGAGAGUCUGCGGAGGAACAGGAAAGAAAGAUUAACCAACAUGCUUUGAUCAUCCUACUCACUGAACGGAAGGUACCCAGCCCUUUUAUAGACGGCCUAUGACUGCAGGACGAUAAUUAAUAACAAGCUGCCUGCUGUAAGAAGUUAGGGCACUCCGUUCAUCUCUUACGUUCAGGAGAGCCGCGCUGCUGAAGGUGCACUGUGUUUCUCCUUCAUUAGCCGAGUGCGCAGCUGUCAAAUUUAAUUGAGGCUGGCUUUAUGGUGGCUGGCCCACCACACGUGUAUGAUCAUAAUUUUAACAAUUAGCUUAAGGGUGAUUGGUUCAUUCUGAGCACAGUUACAUGGCCGCUAAUUAAAUGGAUUUCUGGUCAUCAUAAAAACAAAACUAACAACAGUAACAAUAACUACUGAUUAUGUGACUUAUUUGCCAGCAGUUAGAGAUUCUACUCUCCAGUGUCCUGUCCAAAACUCAGGAAAUGACAAAGAGGUUCAGGUUCCUCUUGCUGUCUGUGCGUUUGAGGAGAUUAAAGACACCAGAGAACUUUCUGAAUCAGAUGCUGAAACUCUUGCAGUUUUCUCUACUGUUCAACUACCCACAAACCCCUGUGACCCUUCUCAACCUCUUUGUGACACCACAAUGUUACCUACAAUCCCCUGUGACACUACGGUUUAUUCCAAUGCUCAGCUACCCACAAUCCCCUCUGAUCAGGACAUCUCCUUCACAGCUCAGUUACCCACAAUCCCUUCUGAUCAGGACAUUUACUCCACAGCUCAGUUACCCACAAUCCCCUCUGAUCAGGACAUUUACUCCACAGCUGAGUUACCCACAAUCCCUCAUGAUCAGGACAUUUACUCCACAGCUGAGUUAUCCACAAUCCCUCCUGAUCAGGACAUUUACUCCACAGCUGAGUUACCCACAAUCCCUCAUGAUCAGGACAUCUACUCCACAGCUCAGUUACCCACAAUCCCCUCUGAUCACGACAUCUACUCCACAGCUCAGUUACCCCCAGUACCCUCUGAUAAGGACAUCUACUCCACAGCUCAAUUACCCGCAGUCCCCUCUGAUCAGGGUAUCUACUCCACAGCUCAGUUAUCCACAGCCCCCUCUGAUCAGGGUAUCUACUCCACAGCUCAGUUACCCACAGUCCCCUCUGAUCAGGGUAUCUACUCCACAGCUCAGUUAUCCACAGCCCCCUCUGAUCAGGACAUCUACUCCACAGCUCAAUUACCCACAGUCCCCUCUGAUCAGGACAUCUACUCCACAGCUCAGUUACCCACAGUCCCAUCAGAUCAGGACGUCCACUCCACAGCCCAGUUACCCACAGUCCCAUCAGAUCAGGACGUCCACUCCACAGCUCAGUUACCCAGAAUUCCUUCUGAUCAGGAUGUCCACGCCACAGCUCAGUUACCCACAAUGCCCUCUGAUCAGGACAUCCACCCCAGAGCUUAGUUACCCACAAUCCUCUCUGAUCAAGAUGUCUACUCCACAGCUCAGAAGUCACAGUUCCCUCUGAUUAGGACAUAUACCCCACAACACAAUUACCCACAAUCUCUCCUGAUCAGGGCGUCCACUUCACAGCACAAUUACCCACAAUUCCUCCUGAUCAGGGCAUCCACUCCACAGCUCAGUUACCCACAAUGCCCUCUGAUCUGGACGUCCACUCCACAGCUCAAUUACCCACAAUUCCUUCUAAUCAGGACGUUCACUCCACAGCUCAGUUCGCCCUGAUUAGAACAUUUUCUCCACAAUACAAUUACCCACAAUCCCCUCUGAUCAGGACAUCUACUCCACAGCUCAGUUACCCACAAUCCCCUCUAAUCAGGACGUCCACUCCACAGCUCAAUUACCCACAAUUUCUUCUAAUCGGGACGUUCACUCCACAGCUCAGUUACCCACAAUGCCCUCU